AUGGCUUUUGAGUCUGUAAACUUAGAAGCUGACCUCAAAAAUUGUCAGAUCCCAGAGUACUACCACGGGGACUGGUACUCCCAGGAGGGGGGUGAGGGCGUCACGGCAGUCAUAAACCAGAACUCCUGGGGUGGCCUUAACUGUUAUGAUAUCAGAAAUGCUAACGGCUCUGUCAGCAGUGAUGACUUGGAGAGCCGCAUUUUGCUAAAAGAUCCUAACGGUGAAUGCUUCUACUGCCAUUAUGUACUGUACCGGACGCCCAACGUUUUACAGUAUCGCAAGACCACUUGUGCCACCAGAUCUCAGGGAUUGGCCCCAGAGUUAGAAUCUCUAUGUGGGAAGAGACCAUUCACUGAGGAGCUGAUCACUCAAUACAGGACUGAUCCUGUGAAUGUGAACUGUAAGCGGACGUUUGAAGGGGUGUACCAUUUCUCCUACGAGAAGCAGGAGGGUCAGGGGGGUAUCUGCGAGACCCAGGACAGCACCAUAUAUGCUUGUCAGCUGCCUGGCUCCCCUUAUGUGGAUAAUCAGGUGUUCUAUCUGAACUAUGGCAAAUGUCGGGAUGUCUCCACCUCCAGGGAGCAGAGAAUCCGAUAUCAGUGCAUGGGUACAUGGGCUGGAGAAAAUGGCUAUACCUAUGCUGGUAUAGCUAACACCGUAGAAAAGGACCCCCGUGAAAGGUUCAAGUGCUUGUUAACCCGCCUUGAUCAAAGACCCGCCGACAACAAGUACAGAUGGGUGCGAUCUCGCUUUUCUGACUGCCGCAGUCUUCAGAGUACUUAUGCUGGUUACGAGAGGCUGGUUGUCUCCCCUAUUCCACCGACAUCAACCUACACCACACCUGCCUGUAAUCUACCUCGGAACCUGACCGGCACCUGGUUCACCAUGGGGGAAGCGGACACCCAGGUCAACAUUAAUGAGACCCACAUCAUGAUGAAGCAGAAAAUUGAUGAGUAUACAUAUCGAGAGACUUACUUCUCGUGUCAGCAGACCUAUGGUACCAGGUACCUAAUGACGGCCAUCACAGUCGGCAGAUGCGAGGUGGAUUUUAUCUGCUGGGACAUUGUACCACGACAUCACAGCAUUGUCAGAUACAGAACAGGGCGUCCUAACCGCCUCACAGAAGAUGAGAAAAACAACCCAAACUACCGUGAGAUAAAGUUCCGUCAGGCCUGCGACUUCCUCUCUUUCACAAUUGACAGGAAGAAGACAAACUGGAAAUACGGUGUUCUUAUUCUGGACCCACCCAAUCCUGUGCCUUGCCCUAUCGCUGGACGAUAUCGCUUUAAUCAGAACGCUCGUAACCGUAGCGACCUCAUCACCACUGUUAUCAGGGGUGUGACGGAGAGACCCAGGGUGAAGGUUGACUGUCGUAAUGUUCAGAGCGAGUUCAAAUCCUGCAGUGGAGACAUGACUAAGAUAGAAAUCGAUGCAGAGUACUGCGAAACUGUGGAUUACAAGGGAAGGCCGAUAGGGGAGUAUGAUGAGCCUGACCGCAUUCUGACCUGUGUGGGGUACUGGAUGGAGGACAUGAAGUCCUAUCUGAUGACCUAUGAUGAAGAGGAUGCAAUCUCAAACUUCAGAUGUUGGGUGUACAAGCGUAUCAGCUGGACAGAAAUCGUCCUGUCUCGUAGCGCGCGUGCGACCUGCGACCCAAGGCAGGAAGCCACCAGCUACACCCCUGAUCAGGGCGCCAGUCUGUCCCUGGAACUCUCUGAGAGCGAGAGAUUGUUUGACAUGUGCCCACAGAGAUAUGAUGAUGGCUAUUACCCAUACAGAAAACCUUUAGCUAUAUACGUCAUGGCAGGCUCAAGUCAUUUGACAAGUUAUCUCCCUGUUAUCGGAACUCUACUCUUCACCUUGUUUUCAUUCUUUUUACAUUAAGGCAUAAUUGUUAAGUUUUGUCUUCGAUUUGCGCAAAUCAUAGCCGUGCCCUGACCUCAGGAAUAGAUGGUUUAUACAACAUACUCUAGGCCAACUUGUAUGCCAGAGUGUCUUGUAUUCCUGAAGUUCCCGCAAAUCUAACUCCAGCUGUUCCGAAUCACCCACAUGUUCUUCGUCAUGCCAUUCCAUCAAAUCAAAGAUUUUCAAUAAAUUGUAUUAAUAUGAAAUGUCAUGUAUGUUUACUUUUUACACCAUAAUAUGGAAUAUUAUUACUUGUGGGGAAUUUGUUGAAUCGGAUAGACAAUUCAUUGAUACAUAUAUGUACAUUCCGUGGAACUGCAGCAGUUGAAAUGUUACAAUAUGUUUUAUAUAUGUUCCUAUCUGCAUUCCAGUUUCAGCUGUGGCAAAAUCAUAUUUUAACUAGAAGCUUUUAUGAUAAAAGGCUCUUCUUAAAAAUAUUCAACUGUAUAUCAUCGUCUGGAUUUGUAUUAUUUGUAGAUGAUUUUUUAUAUUCAUAUUGUAUAUAAACUGAUUUUUUUUUUUAAAAUUCAUGUACAUGAAUCAAUAUUGUUGUAAUCAUAGUACUAUUUCAUUCAUUUUAAUGGAUGCAGCUGGACUUAUUGCUUAUUGCUUAUAUUACUACAUAUAAAGGCAUAUAACAUUUAUUCUUCUCUGUAAAAUUAAUAUCAAUGUGAACAAAAUUCAAGCAAGCAUAUUAUAAUUUGGAUCUGAAAUUUUCCAAGUUUUAAGCUACUGUCAAUCACUUGACAAUGACAGUCUGGGCGGGGCCAGGCUAUUGAUGGACAGUUUUGAUUGUAAUUAAUCCACCGUAUAUUUACUUCUAUGCAAUUACUGUAUUUCGAGAUAUCAAAGAUAUUGUAUUUGACCUAAUGUUUGGCCCGUCAAAAUGCACUUCUGGAUGUGCAUGGAGGCCUUAAAAUGAUGGUUUCGAUACAAAGUUUUUCGGAUUUGAAAUUACGCCACAAAAAUCUCCUUCAAUGUCACCCUUCAAGAUGGAUGAAUCAAUUAGAAGCAAGGAAAAUGUGUCCCUUGAAAAGCAGUAAAUAUUUCCAAUAUGUCAACAAAAAGACAUACUUUUAAGUGCGUGGAAGAAAUUUUUUUUUGUAUGAUUGAUAUUUUUUCAGGUUUGGGACAGACUAAAUUACUAGUCUCCAUUUUUUAGGAAUGACAUUUCAUUACAGAAACUGUAUCAGUAAGAAUUUCACUUAUAUCUUCAGAUGUCUAACAUCAGCAGC